UACAAGUUAGCUUCAGUGUGCUCCGUGUCGCCCCACUCGCUUCAGGCAACCGCUUCUGAUAUAUCGAACUGUAGACUACGUCUAGUGGCUGUUUGUCACUGUUGAGUUGCAGUUUAAGCUUCAACGCUCGAGAAAGUAGAUCGCGAUAAGGACACUCGACAGGCUAUUACCGUCAACCUUAUCCGUUCAAAUUAUCAUACCGACUUUAUCACAAAGUCCCGUUAUCCCUGUACGUGUGUUUUCCUUCAGUGACAUUUUGGAUUCCCAUCGAAAGCAGCGUUCGUUCAGCUCCUAUUUACUACAACUAUUACACGGGUGAAGGUGAAAUUCAGAAUUAUAAAUAAUGGCCGAUGGAAUGAAGAGUCGAGCGCAAAAACAACUAUUCUGGACGACACUUUUUAAGGAAAAGAAGCUUGCAUCCCAACUGGUCUCGCUAGCAACUGAACAUGUUAAUGGCAUCACCUUCGAUGACAUUCCGCAGUUUGGACAUUUGCACGUCAAGGUGGGAUCCGGCUCAAAAAUUGGUGAUAAUUUCCAGAGCGACACGUUCAUUGUAACGGCUCAAAUUACGCCACCUAAUGCCAAAGAUGACACGUCCAGAUACACUUUGAGUACUUUCGUCAAGGUGCUGCCGUCGAAUCCUUUUAUGCGACAAAUGGCUUGCGAGUCACGCUCCCAUCCCCGCGAAAUAAACAUUUACCAGAAUUUCUUCGGACUCCUGCGGGAAAUGCACGUCGACCAGCCGAUCCCAUUGGAUGUUCCGGAUGUGUACUACACCCAUUUGGAGGAGAUAGUCCAGGGCGAAUCGGAUGGAUCAGGAACUUGUACUCUCCUGGAGGAUCUCAAAGCAGCCGGUUAUCGUAUGGCCGAUAAAGUAAAAGGGAUUGAUUAUCGACACUGUCACAUGGCACUGACUUCACUUGCCCAUUACCACGCCUUGGCGAUAAGUGCAAUGAGAAAGUGGAAGGAUCCAUCAACUGGCGAAUUAUCGCACAUUCCACCUUCUGCAAAGUUUAUAGAAGAAAAAACAUUUAUCGAGGUUGGAAUCUUGAAAAUGGUUGAAAAUGCUUCCAAGAGUUUCCUCGAUUUUGCCCAAGAAGUAGAAAGGCCAGACCUAGGUGAAUGGCUAGCAGAAUUGUUGCCACGUUUAUCCGAGAUCAUCUUAAUGGACACAGUAGAGAGCAGCGGUCCAUUGGGCUGCGUCUUGCACGGAGAUUACUGGAUUAACAACAUGCUGUUCAAAUACUCUGAUGAAAGUCAAACUCGAGACGGAGAAAAAUCUCCUUCCAUCCCAGUUUCCCUGAGAAUGAUUGACUUUCAACAGUCGAGGAUCGGCCAUCCCCUCAACGACAUCCUGUAUUUCUUCUAUACAAGCACACUGUUUGAAACAAGACAAAAGCACAUGCUCGUUUUACUACGUUACUAUUUUGACACGUUGGCUGCUGAUUUGCGACUCCUUGGCAUCUCACUCAACGAUUACACCUGGCAAGACUUUUUGGCUGAGUACAAAAAAAGAUCCUUGAUGUGGAUGUUUUUGUGCAUCAUGCUUCUGGCGAAUGCUCUGAACAAGAAAGCCCUCGGUAAUUUAUUACCAGAAGAAAUACUUCAAGCACCAACACCAGAGAUGGACAUGGAAACAAUCAAGGGAGAGGUUGGAAUGAGUGUUGAAAUGGAAGAAAUGAUGAAAACCAUAAUGGCGUCUUACAAACUAAGCGACAAUCCAAUUUUAUCCGAUCGGAUUCUAAAACUUAUGGAUGAAGUCAAAGCCCUAAACCACUCUGCUUAAACUGCUGCUAAAAGCUCAGCAAAUUUAGUCCUAAACGGUUCCCCCAAUAAUUUCGCUUAAUAGUGUUUAUAUUUUUUACUCUAUAGUUUUCUUUAUAUUUUAUAUGCCACUUUUAUAUUCAAUGCAUUUAUAUAACUUGGUUCUUUAUCGGCAUAAAUUGUCGGCAAUAAACCCGAAUCAAUACUAAA